CUUGUUGUAGCUGACAGCCACCUGCGCCAUGUCCGAGGCAAGGAGAACCUUAAGUCCUUCACCCAGUCGAAAACAAUUGCCUCAGGUAACGAUAUGACGAACUACUUUUGUAAAACGUGCGGCACGCUCCUCUACCGCGUUAGCUCAGGCUUUCCAAACAUGAGUGUCCUGCGUAUUGGUACAGUCGAUGGCUUCCGGCUUGCUGAGACUAAGCUGAAACCGCAGCUUGAGCAAUUUGUUGGUACGCGUGUGGGUUGGCUGGCGCCAGUGGAGGACAUUUUGCAAAUAGAAAGAAAUCUUACACUAGAGGACAUUAGAAACAUUCCGUAG